GCACACCGACGUUAGAGGCUGGAUCGAGCCCAUCCCCCACUCGCCCCGCUCCUCCCCAAUCCCCUCCGUCCGCCACGCCUUCAUGCCGUCGCCCCCAUCAUGCCGAGCCACAGCACCAUCAGCGACGACGCCGCCUCACUCCGCCUUGACCCCCUCCGUCUGCGGCGCCUUCACGCUGUCGUCCCAUCACACCGAGCCGCAGCACCUCCCCGAUGUCACCCGCCCUGAGCCGCAAGACUUGCCCGGGCGCCUACUCCUCCACCGCUUGUCCGACGAGGCAGGGGCCAGGCGGAGAUGGCGGCCAGCGCCUACUCCUCCACCGCCCCAGAAGCGAAAAGGGCUCACACGGGACGAGGUGGAGAAGCGGCGGCACGUGGUGGCGCAGAAUUGAGUGCGUAUGAACAAUGCAACGGAGGUCAUGUUAACUCCUACAGCCUGAUAUGUUCUUUCGUCUCCUGGUGAUUACUUCAAAUGGUUGUG